AUGCGUAAAAUAAUGCACGAGCUUUUGUGGCGAUACCUCGGCGAGUACGUCUCCACUGACGAUAUGAAUCAGUGGCUUGGCAGUGCGAGCCAAGAAUGUCCGGAAAUUCAGUCCAUAUGCGUUGACGUACUGUUGGUUGUUGAUGCGGAAUGUUCGAUUUGCGACAAUGACGAGCACAAAGCCAGGCUGGCGAAAUUCACGACUUUGGUUUCAAAACUCGGCGCCGAAAAAACGCUUCAAGAACGACUCGACUUGGAAACCGGCACUUUGGAAAAAGCAGGAAUCAUUCCAAAUCAAAAGCAAUUCCAACAAAAAUACAUCAAGACGAAAACGCGUCUGUUUUACAAGCAGCAAAAGUUCAACUUGCUCCGUGAAGAAAUUGAGGGCUACUCGAAGCUGGCUACAGAGCUAUUUGAAAAUAAUCAUCCUGAGGAAACGCUAGAGCAUGUCAAGUCGCUCAUCGGAUGCUUCAAUAUUGAUCCUAAUCGAGUUCUCGAUAUUUGCUUGGAAUAUCUGGAGCAUUCAAUAGUCUCACCAAGCGCCGCAAAAAAAGCUCAUUUCCUGCUACUUGCGCCUCUGCGACUCUACGACUCUAACACAUCUUCUCGGCUUCAAAUUUCAAUUUUACGAAAAAACCAAGACUCCCGAAAGCCUCUACCAAACAGCUGGGCUUUUGCUUCAAAGCGAAAUGGUCGACCUCGACGAUUUGUAUCCCCAUCUUUCUCCGAGCGAUGCGGAAAUCAGAGAGCAUCAUAA